AAGCUGAGAAAGAGUGCGGCAGUAAACCAAUACCAGGAUCCACCACCGUCUUGGUAUCAAACUAGUCGCAUGGUGGCAAAUUUCCCUCUAAUCCACAAAGGCUACGACUGCCUGUGCUAUUUCAGAGUGGCUGUAUAUGCUUGUGACUACAACGGCUGUCUGUGGAAUAACAUAGGCGUGUGUCUGUUCGCGAAGGGACGACUGGCUCAAGCACAUAGCUGUCUGAAAAAAGCUUUGUUCAUCUGCCCACUGGAUUACAAAAUCAACUAUAAUCUUGGGCUGGUGCAUCAUGCAAUGGGCUUGCUGUGUUCAGCGUUACAUUUUCUAAAAGCGGCUUCUGAACUAAAACGAGACGAUGCCCAAAUCAUUGGAGCAAUAGCAGUUGUGCUCUCGAACAUGGGCGAUGAAAACAACGCUCGACGUGCCUACCUUAAGUCGAUAUCUAUUGAACCAAAAGCGCAAGUGGUAAGUGCUGCUUAUUCUCACUGA